AUGAUCACACACGUCUUGGCAUGGGCAACGGCUCUGGCUUCUCUCACAUACAUCGCUCUCAUAUUUCCCAGGCUUCAACAACAAUGGAAGCUAUAUUCGCACCGCUCUCAACUCCCGCCCGGACCAAAGGUUAUCAAGACCGGCAUCCGCAAGCCAUGGCUCUGGUUCCAAGAACUAAGUAAGCAAUAUGGCGAUAUUGUCUACCUACAACUUGGCCCGACACCAACUAUUAUCUUGGGUUCCGCUCAGGCAGCAUGGGACCUCCUCGAGAAAAAGGGCGCAAUCUUUUCCUCCCGCCCGCGCUUCAUCAUGGGAGGCGAGCUUUUGUCCGGAGGUAUGAGAGGGUUGAUGGCGCCGUACUCAUCCUAUUGGAGGCGCUGGAGAAAGUUGCUUCACAGUGGCUUCAUGCAGCGGCAGAGCGAGACGUACCGGCCGAUCCAGAGUCUUGAAUCGAAGGUUCUCAUGCAUGAGUUACUUGUGGACCCAAUCAACUUCAGGAGACACCUGGAGAGAUAUGCUGCUUCCGUGAUUGUGACCGUCACCUAUGGCAGGAGGGUUGAGGAUGUGACGACGGAUAUUGUGGUGCAGCGGAACGCCGAGUCCAUGGGACGUUUGACUUCCGUCAACAUCCCCGGCAAGUUCGCAGUCGAGCGCUAUCCAGCACUCAAGUAUUUACCCACCUUCCUUGCCCCGUGGAAAGCCGAGGUCUUGAAGCAAAGACAAAAGGACAUUAAGCUCUACACCGACCUCAUGGAUGAGGUUCGGGAAAAGGUGGCCAGAGGUGUUGCGCCCGAAUGCUUCGCCAGACAUCUUUUAGAAGAGCAAGCAAGCCUUGGCAUGUCGGAUCUGGAGAUUGCAUACACGGCCGGCUCACCUUUUGGAGCCGGCGUCGAAACUUCCGCUGGCUCUCUGGCCAGCUUUCUCCUCGCAUGCGUCAAGUUCGGGCCACGCUUUAUCCCUCAAGCCCAAGAGGAGCUUGACAGGGUUGUCGGCACGAACCGCCUUCCCGCGUUCGAAGAUCUAGAGAACCUCCAAUACAUCCGGGCCAUAGCAUCGGAGACGCUGAGAUGGAGACCGGUCGCGGUCCUCGGCGGUACACCACACGCCAGCACUGCCGACUAUAUGUACAAGGGCAUGUUCAUCCCGAAGGGCAGCACAAUCAUCGCCCCUCUCUGGAGUCUCCACCUAAAUGAGUCGGCCUUCCCGCAGCCACACGAGUUCAUCCCGGAGAGAUUUCUCGAGGAUCGUGAGUAUCCGGGGUCUUUCGGCCACAGCGCCUUUGGCUGGGGUCGCCGUAUCUGUCCAGGCAUGCAUCUCGGCUCUGCCUCAGUGGCAAUCAACAUUGCGCGUAUCCUCUGGGGCUUCGAUGUGAGGCCAGGAAAAGACGAAAAGGGGCGCGACGUUGAUGUUGACAUGUGA